UGCAGAGAUGGGGGGGGGGCAUGUGCCCGAUUCCUGCUGGAAACGCCGGGAGGGGGAUCCCUGAUGAUCCUGCCGCGGCUGAGCCGGUUGCACGGCGAGCAGCCAGCAGGGGGCGCCCCUCUCCACUCGCUGCCCGGCGCGCGCCUCUCUGCGGCCUGCGGCUCCCGGGUUCCCCGCGCUCGCGGCGAGUCCCCGAGCCCGGGCCCCGCUCCCGCGGCGCGGCGCCCAUGGAGAGCCUGGCGCGGGGGCUGGUGCGGCUGGUCAAGGGCAGCGCCCGGCCCGAGCGCGCCGGGUUCCUGCAGAGCAUCACCGGGCACUUCUGUGCUCCCCACGAGGACGAGGUGACGGUCAGCUGCGGCUUGGACCAAAACGAGUUUGUUAUUUCCGACAGCGAGUUCCCUGGCUCCACCAGGAUCCUUCUAAAGCCAGCAGUGCAGGUUUCCUGCAUACAGGGCCACAAGCACUGGACCUCAGCCCUGGGCAUGAGGGACCCUUCGAGGAAUUCAGCCUCCACAGCCUCUUCAGACCUUGGCUUCUCCGCUGAGACGACCAGCGCCUGCCCCUUAGAUUUGACAGUGGUUCUGAGCCGGCUUAGAGGCCCGUCUCCCAGCCCCUUGCCCGGACCUGCCCGUAGCCCCAUUGGUCAUCAGUUGCGGCGACUCCAAGCCCCAGAGAGCUCGGAGCCCUGCUCCCGGCACUCAGAGGCAUGUGUUGGAUUUCAGACAAGGAUCAAGGCGGACGGGAGCGAGGUGAGCGCCUACGCGUGGCUGGAACCCCACGUUCUGGAGUGUAUCGCGGCUGUCGAGGACGGGGCAGAGAACAUGGGGCACGUGCCGGGCCACCUCCCCCCAACCAUCAAAGCCACGGAGCUGAGCGGGGGCUCGGCCCAGCCCACGGAGCUUCCUACUGCGACCUUCCUGAACACAGCACCUGCAGCAGGGGAAGACGUGGAGCAGGUCAGCACUGGGACCAGGUUUGCCCUGCGGCUCUGGCUAGACACCUUAGCCGUGCGGGACAAGUGAGCAGUGAAAUCCCAGGCCCUGGCUUCCCCGCAGGGCAGACAGUGGGGGAGCGGAGCGGCCACCCCCGUGCCAAGUGGCUGGCGAAGCAGGUCGGCUCCAUCACCACCGCCAGCCCUUGGACCUGGUUUUACCAAGCACGGCUGCCGAGCCCUGCCAAGAAUGAAGUUCCUUCUCACCUCUCCAAGCCCUAGCAGGAAGGGAAGGCGGGGAGUGGGGUCGCUCUCUGGCCCUCCCUCCUACGAAGGAAGCGACCAACAGGAAGGCACGUCCUGAAUGGACUAGGUGGGAGUGCCAGCACUAAGCCCAAACCCCAGCUGCCUAGGACAGGGGGGAGGCAUUCACUGUCUUGGAAGCCAGAGCGUGGACAGACACGUCAAGUAAUAUUAGAAUAACCGCCCCCGCCCUAGCCAUCCAAGUGUCUUGCUUACCCAAAGGGGGCACUGAAGAGACAGCGUGUGUCAGUGGUUUGAGCUCAGGACUGCAAGCAAGGAACUCCCGUUCCAAUUCCGCCUUCCACUAACUACUUCAUGGCUCUGCCUCAGUUUCCCCUUAUGUAAAAUGGGGCUAACUCACCCUUCCCCCCAGGUCCCAGCCGCUCAAAUCCAGCUUGAACAGAGUUCUGCUCCACCAGUAACUGACACCGGCACCGUGGGGGGUGUUUUGAACUUUAUUAUCUAAAAGGUAGUUUGCAUAUACAGAAGUGUUGCAAAUAAUAAAACAGCUGGAUAUCAAACGGACAGAAUAAAUAAACCAGAGAAAGUGGCUAGCUGCUUUUUAAAGGUGUCUAGAUAAUGUUCACGGCGCGCGAGAGCUUAUAAAACACUAAGGGACUUCAGACAGUAUCAAAACCCUAGACACUCCUUUAUCCCCCCCACCCCCACACAAACCCUCUACACAAACAACUUGUAUGUACAAAACUUGAAAACAGCCAGCGCUCCCUGCAAAGGUUUAAUACCUUAAUGUCUGUCUCAUCUUCUAGCUACCUCAACCACCACCUGUACAUAACACUGAAAGUACCUGCCUCUCAAAGGGUACAGUGGAGCCACUGUAUUGCCACGUGAGUUGACCAGCCUGUGACUGGCCCUGGAGGAUCUUGGUAGGAGACAGUACAAAGGACAGAUGGGUAGGUUUAAAAAUACGUAUAGAAAUCUGCCUUUACUGGGAGCUGGUCUGUCUGUUCCCCCUCCCCUCCAACAGCAGAACUUUAAAACCCCACAAACAAUUAUGUUCCCACUGAAAAUGUACACAGUACAUUUGUUCUGGUCCUAAGUCCCUUUUCAGUUUGGUGCUGGGAAGAUGAGCGGAGAGAAAGAGGUUUACAAAAGUUCAGUAAUCUCUCAAAGCACCAUUUUUCCAAAAAGCAAAUCCUCUAUCUAGCACUUCACCACCAAGGAUUUCAAAGCAGUUCACAUGAGUGGGGAAGGAUAAUUCUCCUCAUUUCACAGACAGUUAAGUCUGUCAUUUGGAGAUUUCCAGGUGAAAAGAACCAAGCAAGCUAGUUCUGAGUGCUGGUAUUUUGCAGGAGACUAGGAGUUGGUUCAUCAUUUUCCAGCCGACCGCUCUUUAAAUGAAGAGCUGGAACAGCGUCAGCUGGACUUAGUCCCUCUCCAGAACAGAGGAAAAAUGAUUAGAGCAACUAAGACUGCAAGGUAAAGCUGCACCUCAACUAUUCCUCAGUAGGAUUUACAACUUUUAUUGCAUUCAGAAAUUCACUACAACUGAUACAAGAGCCAUUAAAGUCACAGCAGGAUUCUGGGCACAGCUACUUGACUCCUGACCCCGGACCACUCUUCUCCAGAGCCACAGGGAAACUGGUUUGUUUUAAAGUUCUUGAUGGAGACACUUGUGGGGGAAAAAACGGUGCAAAAAAAAUGCUACAUAUUGUACCUUUCUGAAUGCCAUUUUGACCAUGCCUUGGUGCAUCGAACUCAUGUGCCAACCUUGCUACUGUAAUAAAAAAAAAUUAACUUGGCAGUAGGUGCUUGGGGUAGUUUGGCGAGACCCUGGUUACGCAGGAUACUUGAAGCAGUGGCUGUGAUGAUGUAAAGGUUACAGACUCAGGUAUCCAUUGAAAUACAUAAAUAAAACGUGCAACAGGCAAUGCGCUGUCCCCGUGAAGGCGCUGCAGUGGGGACAACACAACCUUCAUUUUGUCCUCAGGAGAUGCAGACGCAGGGAGGUCUUUGGAGUUUGGAAUGUACAAAAGCUGCAACUAAAAAAUAUAGAUAUAGCUUUGUUCUCUGUACAGAUCUGUAUUGGAAAUACUUAGGAGGAGGAAAAGAAAUCUACAGUUUAAAAAAAAAACAUCCUAAUUACAAAUGAGAGAGACUGGGCCAAUCUGCCCAGUGCCCCCGCGAGGGGACAGAUGGGAGACAAAAGCCCUGACAGUCACCCUACUAUGCCUCCACUCGAUACUGUCCUAGCUGCAGGAGGAUUUGCAAGCAAGAAUCCCUCCCCUUCUUGCCGCCUCUAGCAUCCCAAUAAAGAACUGCAUCAACCCACAUGUAAAUGCCACUGAUGGGACAUCAAUUCAAAUGGCCUCCUUUUGUCUUGAUUCUUACCAAAAAAAAAAAAAAAAAGGGGGGGGGUGCAAAUCGUAAUGAAGA